UGGCUAGUGAGAUAGAGGAACAUAUGACGCUGUGGUUCCCUUCACUUCCUGUAAAAUUAUGCUCAACAGAAACAGCUACAUGUGAAACACUGAAAAGCCCUGACACUAUUUCUGAAGAGUGUGAAAAUGGAUGACUUCUCAAAAAACCUCACGAAGAGUUUUCCCCGCUGAAUGAAAUGGCUCAGACGGCUUGAGGCGUACAAAAGCUAGAGGAGCUGCCAUGGACAUCCUGGACUACCGUGGGAUACUUCUCAAACCAGAGAACGAGUUUGACCGAUUAGUGGAGAUCAGAGCACAGAAACGCGAGUAUUUACGAGGACGCAACAACGUGACUUCAUGUCGGAGCCCCCCGAGAGAUCUUGACACAAGACAGAUAAAGAAUGAACUAAAGGAAAAGCGACAGCAGGAGUUUCUAAGGAGGAGAUCCGUGAGCCCUGAGCCAUGCGGCCCGAAGUCUUCGAGAAAGCGCUCGCCAAAGACCUUUUCACAACAUUACAGUGCGAGCAUCAAGUUUGACAAACUGUACACAAAUACGCGAAAUACUACCUCUGCAAAUGGACGUCCGGGAAUGAUUUUAACACCAAACACCAGCGCGACCGAAGAUCCAACAACCAGCAGCAAAUGGGCGUCAUUACUGUCAGAGAAGUUAACAUGGAUGAGGGAAGAGAGAGACCACACAAAGAAGCAGGCAUCUGCCUCCACACCAGUGAUAAAGGAAACAAGCCAGCACAGACUGGAGACCACAUAUAAAAAUAAUAGCGGUAUGAAUGGUCAAAAGACAAGCAUCAGAACUGGAAAGGUUCAACAAAAAUCACCCCUGCAAAAAGAAGCUAUUAUUCCAAAGAAGAUAAUGAUAGAGGCCACUGCACAGACAGAGUCUGGUCUCGUCACAAUCAAGGAAUCAGAUAUUCAGAGAUUAGCCGACUACUUGCAGGAAGCCCUGUGGAGAGAGGAGGCGGCAAAGAAGAAGCUGGCAGCCCUCCAGAAGUCCAUGUCAGACCUGCAGAACUCCUCAAACAAGAUAUGGACUUCUCGCUGCAGUGAAGAUCUGCUUACAAACAAGAUCAAGUCUCUGGAGGCACAGCUGCAAGUUUGCCUGCAGAAGUUUCCGAAAGAUGGUGUGAAGAAACUGGUCGUCCAGAUGGAGAAGCAGAGGCUGGUGUAUGAGGAGAAGGCCUUGGUUGCCCUGCAGAAGGCCACACAGGACAAGACAGAGGCUCUCAACAAGGCUGAGACACUGCAGGAAGCUUUAAUUACAUCAAAGGCAGAGGCACUGAGGUGGCAAAGUCUUUAUGAGGAGCUGAAGCAGAGUGCUAUACAACUCAGGGAGAACCAACACCUCAGCAAUGAACAGCUGCAACAGCUGCACAGCCAAGUGGAGCUGUCCAGAGCCAGAGAGGACGAGCUGAGGGAGGAAGUGGUGUCAUUAAGGCAAGAAAGGCAGGAUCUACAGUACAACAUCUGCCUGCUGCAAGAGGACAACCAGACUCUAAGACAAGAAAUGGAGCACCUUAGAGAUGGCGGUGACGAGGUCCAGGACUUCAUGAAGCAGGACUUCAUGAUGUCAGAGGAAGCAGAUUUACGACCGACUCCGCAGAGGGAGUCUCAGCUGGAGGAGCUGCUCCGUCAGGUUCAGGAUAAACUCCAGCUCAAAGAGACGGAGUGUGAGGAGCUGCAGACAGAGCUGCAUGCUAUAGAGCAGGAGUGUCAGUCCAGCCAGGCCCGUCUGUCGCAGUGCAGAGAAGAACUCCGGCAACUCAGCCACCACCGCAGGAGAACAACGCCGUGUCGUUCCUGGUGGAGGGCGUUCGUUUUCUUCCUUCUGCUCCUGGCUGUAGCGGGGGUUGCCAUGCUGUGGUCCUGGCAUCCUCCUUUCAGGGAGCAAGUUGAAGACCUGUACUCGGACAUAGAGACGCGCAUCGAAGACUAUCUCAUGGAAAUGGCCUCUCCUCAAAACUCGGGCUGCUUUAGACCGAUAUGAUAAUGUCACCGCUCAGGAAUGUUGUUUGUUGUUGCUUUUGUUUUUAUUUUUUAAAAAAAGAUAUUUUCAUAUAAUGUAUUUAGUUUUUAUUUUCUAUGUGUCAUAGGUUUUUAGACUAAACUCAAAGUUCGUGUGAUGUGAUGAAAAUAAAACCAUUCCGAGAAAUGAAUGAAUUAAAAUAUUGAAAUAGAAAAGUAGGGUUAAAGCUAAAUUUGUGUAUUUGUACUGUAAAUGGUUUAUUUGAACAGCAGCACCAUCUUGAAAUAUUAAAAAUUCAUAUAUUUUGA